AAUUAUUUUGUAGAAAUCCAAGUCAAAGCCAAGGUGUCCGAAAUUGCGAUUGAAGAAGACAAAAUACCGAUAUAAUAUUUUUUUUUUGUUGGCAAGUGAAUUGUAUAUAAAUAGGGGUGUUGGUAGCAACACGAGUCACAGUUUACCAGUGAUCUUACUCAGAAUAAAUAAUUAACAAAAUGUUGAGAUUUGUUAUUUUUGGUGCCUUGAUGGCAUUGGCUGCUGGACAAUUUCCCAAACCUUCUAAUUCAAGAACUUUGGAAGUUCCAAUUCCUCAGCUAUGUGCACAAAGAAAAAUUCAUGACACAUUCAAAGGCAAGGGAUAUUACUUUUCAUGGGCUGAUGAAAGAACAGCUGGACAAGAAGUUGACUGGUUAUCUGCUAGAAAUUUUUGUAGACAAAGAUGCAUGGAUUCAGUAUCACUUGAAACCUCUGAAGAAAAUGUAUUUAUCAAAGAUAAAGUUGUCAGAAAUAAUGUUAAGUAUAUUUGGACUUCUGGAAGACUUUGUGAUUUCAAAGGAUGUGAUAGACCAGAUUUGUUACCUCAAAGAGUAAAUGGAUGGUUUUGGACAGCUGUAUUACAAAAAUUAGCACCAACAACUGAACGUACUGAAAAUGAUUGGUCAGAAAAUGGAGGAAUUGGAUUACCACAACCAGAUAAUCGUGAAGUAAUUCAAGGUGGAGCACCAGAAAAUUGUCUUGCUUUGUUAAAUCAAUUUUAUAAUGAUGGUGUCAAUUGGCAUGAUGUUGCUUGUCAUCAUAAAAAACCAUGGGUUUGCGAGGAUAAUCAAUCACUUCUUAAUUAUGUUCAAUUUACAAAUCCAAAUAUUCGUCUUUAAUGAUUUAAAAUUUUAACAAAUCUACAAUAUUCAUGUUUAUUUUUUAACAGUGACUGAUUAAGGCAGUUUAUUUAUUGAAAAUUGUUGAGUUUAAAAAAAA